CAGGUGAACCGGGCCAUGGGGCCCGGGAGGGACUGGGAGACUCCUGAGGACUGCACCCUCCCCGCAACUUCUACUGACUCUGAGAGCUGCUUUCUUCCAUUCGACCCCUAUUUCCUAGACGCUACCUGUGAGCCGGGCCCUGUGCUAAGUGUGAGAGCCACAGCACGAAUGUGACAAAGAUCCUGGCCCUCUUGGAGUUUACCUUUAAGCAGGUAGAGACAGCAACAAACAAAAACAUAGCAAAGGAGCAAAUUAUGUUACGAUAAGUGAAAAGAGAAAAGGUAGAGCAGGGUGAGGGAGACUGGGAAUGCUGGGGGAAGGGGCUCGGGAUUUUAAACAGGGUGGUCAGGUGGGCCUCACUGAGAAGGUGGCACUGAUGAAGGACUUGCAGAGGUAGUGAGGGAGCCAUGGGCACAUCGGGGAAGGAGUGUUCCAGGCAGAGCACACAGCCCUGGCCUCUAGAGGCUGGAGGGUGAGGGGCAAGGCCUGGGUGUUGGAGUACAGCAAGGACGCAGCGGCAGUUAGAGCGCAGGAGGAAGACACAGGGAGAGAGGAGACAGGCUAGAAGGCCCUGCAGGGAUCCAGGGGGCAGCUGACGGGGGCGCUCCUUGAAUGUGCCAGGCCCUUUGUCAGCAUCCCACAGCCCUGUUGCCCACUUAGGGGUGUCGGUUUGUAAGCCUGUGGAUGAAUUCCAUGUGCUAUUGUACGUGUGGCUGCGUGACCUUACAAAGUCUCCUCUCUUCCCGAGGCUCCUGUCCUCUCUAUAAAAUACUUGUAAUGACAGCAGUGUAUCUGCAGGGUUGUGGUAGAGAAGAACAGGAAUCAAAAUAGUGGCCACCUGCAGGCUCUUGGGACCCCACAAAAGCAGAGCUGGCCUCCCCAGGCACUCACUGCCUUGGGACAGGGACAUUCGAGUGAAUGAGGAAUUGCUCCUAUUGUCCACUCUAAUAGCACCCAGUGGGGGCACCGAAGGGCUGCUCGGUUCUCCCAGGGGGCACUGCCAUCGGGAAGGUUUCUUAGAGGAGGUGGCCCUGGAGGCUGGGGCUCACUAGGAACACCAGGGGAAACAGCGGGGGCAAAGGGCAGGAGGAGAGGGAGAGGAGGCCUGGGUAGGCGGAGUGGGUGGAUACGGGGCAAGGGGCGAGAGGUGGUGAGAUGGCAGAGGGCAUGGACUCCAUACAACAAACAGCCGGCCCCAAGGACCAGACUCCCAGCAGGGUACGAGGUAAACAACGUGACUGCAGUUUAGGAGCUCACCCUGGCAGCCAGAAGAGCAGAGGAAAGGCACUGAGGCCAGACACCAGGCAGACCCGGGCUAGGAUGGGCAGUCCAGUGCACCGAGUGUCAAUGGGGGACACCUGGAGCAGGCAAGUGCACCCUGACAUAGAGAGCGAGAGGCACAUGCAGUCCUUCUGCGUGGAAGAGCUCACCAACAUCCUUGAUGGAGGGGCCCAGAACACUGCACUCCGGAGGAAAGUCGAAAGCAUCAUUCACAGUGACCCAGAGCUUAGCCUGAAGGAUAAUUAUUUCAUGACCCAGAAUGAACGUUACGAAGCCGCCAUUAAGAAGAAAUUCCACAUCCAGAUGUUAGCACAGCGCCUGGGCUGGUCUGAAGACAGUCGUGAAUUAUAUUACGCUAACAGAAGCCUUUCUGGAGAUCUGGGCUUAGCGUUACAAUUCGUCUUCCAGAAAGCGCUCAGGAGCCUGGGCUCAGAGGAGCAGAUUGCCAGGUGGGACCCACUCUGCAACAAGUUACAGAUCCUUGCGACAUAUGCCCAGACAGAACUGGGGCACGGGACAUAUCUUCAGGGCCUGGAGACUGAAGCCACCUACGAUGCAGCCACCCAGGAGUUUGUGGUGCACAGCCCCACGCUGACUGCCAUCAAAUGGUGGCCUGGGGACCUGGGACGGUCGGCCACCCAUGCCCUGGUCCAGGCCCAGCUGAUCUGCUCAGGAGCCCAGCAGGGCAUGCAUGCCUUUAUUGUGCCCAUCCGGAGUCUCGAGGACCACAGCCCACUGCCAGGAAUCACCGUCGGAGACAUUGGGCCCAAGAUGGACUUUGACCACUCGGAUAAUGGCUUCCUGCAACUGGACCAUGUGCGCAUCCCCAGGGAGAACAUGCUGAGCCGCUUCGCACAGGUCUUGCCAGAUGGUACCUACAUCAAGCUCGGAACAGCAAAGAGCAACUACCUCAGCAUGGUGGUGGUGCGGGUGGACAUGCUGUCAAACGAGGUCAUACCACUGCUGCAGAAGGCCUGUGUCAUUGCCAUCCGCUACUCGGUCAUACGCCACCAAUCCCGGCUCCGGCCCAGUGACCCAGAGGUAAAAGUCCUGGACUACCAGACGCAGCAGCAGAAACUCUUUCCUCCGCUGGCCAAGGCCUAUGCAUUCCACUUUGUGGCAAAGAGCCUCUUGGAAUUCUUCCAUCGCUCCUACAGUUCCAUUCUGGACAGAGACUUCAGACUCCUGCCUGAGCUUCACGCACUGAGUGCAGGUAUGAAGGCCUUGGUGUCGGACUUCUGCGUCCAGGGGGCUGAGCUGUGCCGCAGGGCCUGUGGUGGACAUGGCUACUCGAAGCUGAGCGGCCUGCCCUCCCUGGUCACCAGAGUGACAGCCUCCUGCACCUACGAGGGUGAGAACACGGUGCUCUACCUGCAGACAGCCAGGUUUCUGGUGAAGAGCUACCUGCAGGCUCAGGAGUCCACAUCACAGAGGUCUCUCCCUCAGUCUGUUGCAUACCUGACUGCACCUGACCUGGCCAAGUGCCCAGCCCAAAAUGUAGCCGACUUCCUCCACCCAGAGCUUUACACCACGGCCUGGGCACACGUGGCAGCCAGGCUCAUAAAGGACUCAGUGCAUCAUUUACAGACUCUCAUGCAAUCUGGGGCUGACAGGCACGAGGCAUGGAACCAGACCACUGUCAUACAUCUCCAGGCCGCCAAGGCACACCUCUACUAUGUCACUGUGAAGAUUUUUACAGAAGCUCUGGAGAAACUGGAAAAUCAACCAGCAAUUCAGCAGGUGCUCAAACGCCUCUGUGAUCUCUAUGCUUUACAUGGCAUCAUGACUAACACGGGCGACUUUCUCCAUGAUGGCUUCCUAUCCGGCGCCCAAAUAGAUGUGGCAAGAAAAGCCUACCUGGACCUUCUCCUCCUCAUCCGAAAGGAUGCUGUCUUGUUAACUGAUGCUUUUGACUUCACCGAUCAGUGUUUAAAUUCAGCACUUGGUUGUUAUGACGGAAAUGUCUAUGAACGUCUGUUCCAGUGGGCUCAGAGGUCACCAACCAAUACUCAGGGGAACCCUGCCUAUGAGAAAUAUAUAAGACCACUAUUACAAGGCUGGAGAUCCAGGCUAUGAAAUAAUCAACAGCAUUCAAGAGGCACCACCACGUGGUAAUGGUACUAUGGCAUAUGCAUCAUUAAAAUCUACAACUACAUAUGUAUGUAUUUUUUAAAAAGAAUCAUUAUCUUCCAGAGACACAGACUGAAGCAGAUGAAAUAUCUGUGAUUUAUUUCAAAAUAAUCCAUGGGAAGAAAAAGGGGGAGUGAAUCAUUGUUGAAGCUAUUCAAUGGGUACGUGGGUGUUUACAUUAUUCUACUUCCGAAUAUGUUUGAAAUUUCCCACAAUAAAAAAACAGUAGCACUA